AUGGAUGCCUUCACCGGUGGUGUGACCAUUCUUCAGCUCGUUCAAACGAUAGGGCAAGCUUCAUUUUUUCUGUAUCGAUAUGUUGUUUCCGCCCGCAACGCUCCCUCGUCCUGUAAAAGGCUCCUUGACCAGUACAAUUCAAUCAGAGGUAUCCUCACCGCCGUUAUGGACAUCAAGAAGGAUCCAUGUCUUCCAGACAAUCUCCGUGGUGUACUUUCAAAACUGAUGGCUGAAAAUGGACCAAUCACGAAGCUACAUGGAGAACUGAAGCAGCAUCUGCCGGAUGACCUGGAAAAGGAAACGGGAGAGAUCGCUGAUAGAUCGAAACAAUAUUAUGUCGACAUUACAGCAAUUCUAGCAAUCGACUCAUGGAAUACAAUCAAGGAAAUUAGUCAAGGAGUCCAUGGAUUAAGGGAGGAUUCUACUGCACAAAAGUUGCGCGAAAAAGCCGAGGAACGUCAUAAAUUCCUUCAAUGGAUGAACCUCGUGUCUUGUACUGAAAAGUACGCCACCUGCCAUGGUCAGCGAAACCCUGGGAUUGGUCGUUGGAUUUUCUACACCGAUGAGUAUAAGACUUGGAAUACAUCAGAUCGCGCAUUUCUAUGGUUGAAUGGCCAGCCUGGACACGGAAAGACAAUCCUUGCUUCCUCCGUUAUCGACGAAAUUCAGGGUAAGGGUGAAGCAGAGUCACAGACGCUCAGGUACUUCUACUGCAAUUUCCGAGAUGACAGGACGACAAGCGCAGCAGCGGUUUUGCGCUCCUUGGUUGUUCAGCUACUUCAACAAUCUCAAGACGACUGGAUCACCAAGAUACGCGAGCCAGGGCUGCAAGAAGGUGAUAUUACUUCUCUGCGAAACCUCUGGCAGCAACAAUACGAUGCAAAGCUGCAUCCCACAGGUCUCGGUUAUCUACGAAAGCUUCUUGUUGAAGCAUCGACGCUAGUUCGCCGACCAGUCCUUGUGAUCGAUGCCUUGGACGAAUGCAAGGACCACCCCAACUUGGUCGGACAUCUUGUAAACCUUGCCGAAGAUGCUCGACUACGACUUUUCGUCACCGGUAGAAGCGAGCCAGACAUUCAAGACGCCUUAUAUGAUCUCCCCACCUUGUCGUUGAAGGACAGCGCACAGCGGAUGAAGGCAGAUAUAUGCGCACACAUUACGGAGCAGCUGAAGACUCAGACGAAAUUAUCAUGCCUGUCCGACGCGCUGAAGGAGACAAUUUUGGAUGUUAGAAAAGGCCGAGGGCAUGUAAGUUUCGCUGGGUUCAGUGUCAACUGGACGAAAUCAUGGCUUGCAAAAGACGUAUCGAAAUUGAGGCAGCCCUCAAUAACCUUCCAGCUGGACUUUACGAGACGUAUGAUGGGAUUAUUCAGGCAAUCAAACAAAGAGGACGAAGCGAUGAGCAAAUCGCCCGGAGUUCUCAACGAAGCGAUGAUGAUCGAAGUCGGACAAUCAAAUCUUAGUCCAGACCUUGGUGUUAUGGACCCUAUGGAUAUCGUGACCGCGUGCGGAAGCCUUGUGACAUAUAACGAGAAUACUGGGGUCGUCGCUCUAUCUCAUUAUAGUGUCAAAGAAUAUUUGAUCAGUCGCCCUAGUAACAUCUUUAGAUCGAUCUCAGACAUGCACGCACAGAUCUGCGAGUUCUUGAUUACUCAACAAGCUGGUCUGACCACGACCGUGGAACCUGAUGUUGAUUUUGCUGAAGACGCGGACCUCAGCAAGAGCAUUGGGGUCCACGUGAGGAUAAUCAUAGGUGGUCUUUCUGACCCUGAUGCAGGGAAGUUCCUCAACGCGGUCAAUGUUGUUGCCAACAAGGUUCCCGCCAACUCUCCUCUUUCUCGUGUACCUCAUCUUACAUUCUCAUUUGGACGCGGUCUGCAAGGUGAUGCUAUGCAGAAGUAG